AUGAUAAGUGAUUAUUUAAGAAAUAGAAUAACUAAAACAAUUGAAAAAUAUGGGAUUGUGUUGUCUGAAUUUUUUGAUACAAAUUUUAAGAAUUAUCUAAUUAAUAAAAUCAGACAAAAAUAACAGAAAUAGAAAAUUUAUUAGAUUUAGUCAAUAAAAUAGAUAAGGAAUCAACUUUUGAAUGGUACAUUAAGUAUAUUAAAACUUGUGAACAUUUGGCGAAAAGUCUUUCAAUCUAGGAUGAUAUAGUUACACGUAGCAAUAAUUUUAUUUAGAUAUUUAAAUAUUAUUCCUAAAUUUCUAAUCUUAUCCAAGGGUAUGAUGAUUUUAAAAUUUUAUAGAUAAUUGCUAAAGAUUAAUUAAAGAAUAUGAAUAAAUUAAUAAGUUAAAGACUUGA